UCCUCAGCAAACCCAAAAUCAAGAAAAUAGUGGAAGUGAAGAGGAGGAAACUUCAUUUCUGGACAUCAUUCGUUCUUUGAUGGCCAAAAGAAACAAGGGGUCCAGUUCAAAACUGCAAAGUGAAGCUCCUAUAAAACUUGCAAGAAGAGAUAAAGGCUCUAUUUCAGUUACCUUGGACUCUGAAGUUCUUGAUUGUCCUAUCUGUUUUAAACCCUUCACCAUUCCUGUCUUUCCGGUUUUUCUUCUGUUCUUACAUUAUUGUUGAUGAUGUUUUGUUGUUUGUUUUCUUUAUGUUUCUUGUUUGCUUUUUAGUGCUCGUUUUUUAAAUAGGAAAUCAGGGACGGUUAUAUGUGAGCUAUUCGUAAUUUAUUAACAUGGUUUCUUGAAUUUUUACCUGGGAUUUUGCUGUUUUUGGCUUUAGCUUUGAGAAGAGUUGAGGCUCAGGUUGGUUUCUUUAAGUUGCGUUUUUUGGCUAUAGUGAUAAUUAUGCUUUUAUUUUUGUCUUAAAUGAAGAUUGGUAUUGUGGCAUGUAAUUUGUGUAAAUUGAGUCUUGUUGAGAGAAAUUAACACCGACUCGAAAAAAUUGUCAGACAUGUUUUCUGUAAUGUGCUCCUACUUUGUUAUUUUGAUUUGAAGAAAAUGCUAUUCUUGCAGCUUGUGUAGAAAUUUCUGAUAGAUACUUUAGAAACACAAGUUCUACAGUCCAUUGUUUACAUGAGAAAUGGAUUGAGUGGUUUAUUUUCUGUAGUUACGGAACAGAGCUGGAGGUAAAGAAGUUGGUGAGGAUUCCUUUGCUUAGUGCUAUUCUUCAAAGGAAGUUUGAACUUAGAUUGUUACCAGUCACUGUAAUGUUCUUGAAGGAAGUUUGAACUCAGAUUGUUAUUAGUCACUUUAAUGUUCUUGAAGGGAAGUUGGAGAUAGAUUCCAUUGGAAGCAGACUUAUUUAUGGAGUUGUUGUCUAAGGAAUUAUUAAUUGACAUACUGUAAAAAUGUAGAUUGUAUGAAGGUUAGUUGAGAAAGAGUAAAAAAAAAAACUGAAAAGAAAUUGUGCAUAUGAAAUACAAAUUGAAAGUGGUGAAGAAUGAAUAUUGUGAAAUUAUCAUGGUUUGAUUAGAUAUUCUUUGUAUUAAUUGUAUAUAGUCUAAAUUCUCAACUAAUGUCGAAUGUUGCUGCUUGUGACAAGUUUGUAAUUCUUGACCUAGUUUGCCAUCAAAUCUGAAAGCUAAAUAGAUGAAAUCAGUUUACAAUUUGCUUUAUGGGAUAAUAGAGAGUGGUUUUGACGUCUAGUUAAUUCAUUCAAAUUACUUAGAAGUCAAUUUUAGUGCAUUCUCCAACUUAUGAAAUAGGCCUUGUCAUGCAUCUCUGUGUUCUGUUGUUUGAAAUUCAUCAAGUAAACCUUAAGAUGUGGGUUGGUUUCCUUUAUCUACCCAAGGAAAUUUAGUUAAUCAGAUAAAGGAUUCAGUGUAGUUGGCAAUAAUAGCGUAAUGACGGAUACUAGAUUCCUAUGAUUGGUAAAAUCUCCGGUAUGUGGUUUAGCCGUCCCCACUUGUAUUAAUAGCAACACAUAGUUCCUUCUCUUUUUGUCCAUUAUUAUUUUCUUACACAAUGUGUUUCCUCUCUUAAAAUGGUGCUUCCAUGUAAUAUUGUUUUCUUUGUGGUGUUUGUGCAACAAUCUCUUGUAAGACCUGUCAUUUUGAUUUUCUGAAGUUGUGUUGCAUUUAGCUGCUCAACGUUGACAUAGUUUCCUGCCAUUGAACUUGAUUUUCCUCUGAUGUGUAGCUGGUUUUGGCAAAGGAAGAUUUAUGGUUUCAUUGAACUCACCGUGUCUUGAGAAACGUUUGGGAACGCGGCUGCGGCUGCGUUCCCAAAAAAUUUGAAAAUUUGUUUUUUUUUUUUUACUAAAAUUUAAUAUGGUUUGUAUGGUUUGGAUCGUUUUGAUGUGCUGAUGUCAAAAAUGAUUUUUAAAAAAUGAAAAAACAUCAUUGGCAUGCAUUUUAGCACGAAAAAUUAUUUGAAAAGCACCCGCAACCACACUGCCAAACAUGGAGUGCUUGGGAACUGGGUUAUUAUCAAGAAGCUGUCUUAUUUGGAGUUAUGCAUGCUUAGUCUUGUGAGAUUAGUUAGUUGCACGAAGUCAGAGUUCUUAAUGUUCUCAAUUAAGUAAAAAAAGCGCAUUGAACAUAAUGGUUAAACCCUUGCUAAUUUCCUCACUAACCCAAGAUUGGAUAGUUUUAGAUUGAAUGGACAUAAUUGGGUGCUGGAGAUGGUUUUUGUUGUUGCUUUUUAUCUUCUUUUAUCGGAUGUUGGUAUAAAGUAAUCAUUCAAUACAAUAGAGAAAGAUGUUGUUAGGUUAUGAUCAUGUACAAGGUUUUGAAUGACAUGGAAUGAAGAGUUAGUGGGGUCAUUUAAAGUAUAGAUCAUGUCUUAGCACCAUUUUCGACCUCUGUUUACAUGUUAGCACAAAAACUCUAGUGAUUAUAGUCUAUCACAUUAUAUAGUCUCAUAAUGCCAUGUGUUUGCAUUACUUAUUCUAGGUUCCUUUUGGUGAUUCAGUUUUAGUUUCUUAAAUCCUUCCAAUUGCUUGCUUAAUAUCUCGGUAUUGUAAUUUUUUGCUUGCUUACUGGAAUUUCAGUGAAUGAAUGGACACGCUGCUUGCUCUUCAUGCUGCAGUAAACUUGCACAUAUAUGUCCUUCCUGCUCAUUGCCUAUUGGUUAUAUUCAUUGCCUGGCCAUUGAGAAGGUUCUUGAAUCAGCCAAAAUAUCAUGCCAAAAUAUGAAGUAUGGGUGCAAAGAAACUGUCAGUUACAGCAAGAAGUGUGACCAUGAGAAGAGCUGCAUCUAUGCAACAUGCUCCUGCCCAGUGUCAGGCUGCAGCUUUGUCAGCUCAUCAAAGCAGUUAUACUCACAUUUAAGCAGCACACAUGUAGGUGAUGUGAAACACUUUGAGUAUGAUUGCAAAAUCCCCGUUUCCUUUACCGCAAGUAAGAAAUUUGUUGUUCUCCAAGAAAAGAAAGAAGGCGUUGUAUUCAUCCUGAACAAUGCUUUGCAAAUCAUGGGGAAUGUGAUCAUGGUUAGUUGCAUAGGGCCCUCAUCCAAGGGAGGAUACUUCUAUGAACUUUCAGCAAACAGUAAAGGAAACAGUCUCAUUUUUCGAUCUUUUACACCUUGCUUUCGGAGCAGGGUUGAUAACCCUCCUUCAGUGAGGUUCCUCCUAGUUCCAGGUGGGUUUUUUGGUUCUGGGGAGAAGGUUACCUUGGAUCUCUGCAUAUGGGCGUAAAGAUGCAUACUCCUUCCAUCACCCGAAGUAGUAAUGGUUGAUAAUUAAAGCAUUAAAAUAACUUGGCAAAAUUAUUAUAUUCUCCAGCGUUUUGUAGGUGCUUCGGUUGGUAAAACGUUUGCCAGUUGCUUUUGACUAUAAGCUGGAACAUGGCAUCAAAGAGAGGGUACGAAGACUCAUACGGGCUGAAUCUCUAUGGUUGUAGAAUCUUAGUGCCAUUCAUGCAUCUACUGCUGAAACUUGCUAAAGUGGUUCUAAUCUAUAUCUCCAUGGGGUAGAAAGCUGAAUCUGCAUGGGUUUUGCUUUUGUUCUCUCCUUUAGCUUGUUUCUUUCUUUGUUGGGAAUGUUCCAUUCAACCUGCCUUUUGAAAUUUCCCUUGUAUGUAUAAUUAGUUGUGAUAAUCACUUAGGAAUUUGGAUCCUAUAUAUGAUCACUAGAAGUAAGCCGUACAUUCAUGGCUGCUUGAUCUUGAUCAGACAGUGGAGUCUGAAAGUCAGAACUGUUUUGUUGCUAGUCUUUUCCUAAUAUGUCACUCAGUUCCACAUCCCUGUCUCAUCUUGUAUUUGGACAGCAGGCAAAAACGAUUGA